CACAGGUGCCGUGGUUGCUCUGCUGAAGCGAACAGCUCUGAGGAGACGCCGGUUACAGCUCAUAUAUCCGCUUCAACUCUUGUCACUCUUUCAUUGGGACUUCCCGCCGUGUCUCCACACUCAUUUUCUUCCGAGCUCCCUUAUUUCGUCGAACAAAUGACUUUUAUUUGUCUUUCUGUUAUUUGAUAGACUCUCUCUGCCGUGCGUUUUGGCAGUAAGUGAGGGCUUUUGGAGAGGAUGGCGGCUAUCAAGGCGCUUCAGCAGUGGUGUAAGAAGCAGUGCGAGGGAUACAGAGAUGUGACCAUCAGCAACAUGAGCACCUCUUUCAGAGAUGGACUGGCCUUCUGCGCUCUCAUCCACACGUUCAGACCGGACCUCAUAAACUUUGAGUCUCUCUCCAAAGACAAUGUGUAUUACAACAACCACUUGGCGUUCUGUGUGGCUGAAGAUCAUCUGGGAAUCCCAGCUCUUCUGGAUGCAGAGGACAUGGUGGCUUUGCCUGUCCCAGACAGACUCAGCAUUCUCACAUAUGUCUCACAAUACUAUAAUUACUUCCACGGCCGCUCGCCAAGUAAGACUGUUUAUCCGCCAUGA